UGUUUUAUAUAUUUUAUGAACAGAAUUCGUUUAUGUAAAAAAACGGCUGUAUACAAAAAAUGGUAUUAACUUGUUUACAUUCAAAUCUUCGCGCACUAUGAUUAAACAGCACCAUUUUGCGCGCUUUACAACACACUAGUUAAAUGUGGUGUUGCCAGAUGGCUUUAAAAAUGUCAAGCAGCAUUCAGCAGCAGACAGUCACUGUUUACAAUAACUAACAAAACUAAGAAAUUAAGUAACAAAACUAAGAAAAUUAAGGAACAAAAACUCUACUGCAUACUGUUCGGUAACGCGCAAUUGUUUUCCAUAUGCUGAACGCAUCCAUACACUUGCUAACAGGUGGCAACGCCGCAUCACCUGCUAGUCGUUCAUCAGUGUUUUUAUAUUUUCACCGAGCAAUAUUUAAUUAAAAAACAAGUACCAGAUGUGCUAAUUGAAUACAAAAUCUUGCUUAAAAUGGGUGCAAUAGGUGACUUACUCUAAAUAUGUGUAGCUGCAUGGAUAGCACAAAAGUGCACAAAAGCAACAGAAGAAGAAGCAACAGUUAAGCCAUAUACACACACAAACAUAUAUAAAACCAAAAGCACAAACACACACACUCACACACACAUAGAUAGUUAGGUGCGAGCUAUGGGCGGCGCGCAGAGGACGGACAGCAUAAGCAACCGCGCGACUAGAAUUAACGUUUAGUCUAGUUUAAGCCACAGACGCCACAUCACAUAGUAAGCGCAAGUGCUUAUACGAAAAAGUAUAUAAAAAAGAAAAAAGUAUAUAAAUAAACUAAAAAUAAACUUGUACGUAAGCUGCGGGUGCGGAGGCAACAACAACAUAUGCAUCGAGCUGCGCAACAAAUGAAGCAAACAACCAGCAGCAACAGCAGCAGCAGUAGUCUAUGGGCCACGUCCACGCUGCAGCGUUGUAAUUGAAAGUGAACCGUGCUACCUCAACAAGCAGGAACACCUACACUCAUACACACACACAUUCACUCACACACACAGAAGCAACAUGCUGCCUCGGUUUCGUUCCUUCUAUGGCAAAAUAAUAAUAUUUGUGCUGGUGGCUCUAUGCUUUAUACUCUAUCUGAAAGUUCAACCAGCUGGCGAAGAUUUGCCAUUGCCCGUUAGAGCGAGACAGGGGCCAGCUCAGCUGCGUGCGCGAGCGAGAGCGCAUGAGAAGUAUCCUGAAGAUGAGCAGGAGAAUGAAAUAAAACCCGUUACCAUAUCGCCAUAUGAGCAGAGCAUACAGUUAGAUCUAGAAAAGCAGGAUAAGACUUUGGGCAACAGAGGUGUUGCCGUGCAUCUGAAUGGCGCAGCCAAGGCGCGUGGAGACAGGAUCUACAAGAAGAUAGCACUGAACGAGGAGCUGAGCGAGCAGCUCUCCUAUAAUCGCACCGUGGGUGAUCACCGUAAUCCGCUGUGCCUGAAAGAGAAAUACGAUGAUCCCAGCACAUUGCCCACUGCCAGUGUCGUCGUUAUAUUCUAUAAUGAGCCAUACUCUGUGCUGGUACGCACGGUGCACAGCACGCUGAACACCUGCAACCAGGAGGCGCUGAAGGAGAUCAUUCUGGUGGAUGACGGCAGCGACAAUGCCGAGCUGGGUGGCAAACUGGAUCACUAUGUGAGAACACGUUUUCCCCCAGGCAAAGUGACAAUUCUUCGCCUCAAGAAUCGCUUGGGUCUGAUACGCGCUCGAUUGGCCGGCGCUCGGAUUGCCAGCGGCGAUGUGCUCAUCUUUCUGGACGCUCACUGCGAGGCGAACGAGGGCUGGUGUGAGCCACUGCUGCAGCGCAUCAAGGAUUCGCGCACAAGUGUCCUUGUGCCCAUUAUCGAUGUGAUCGAUGCGAAUGACUUUCAGUACAGCACCAACGGCUACAAGUCCUUCCAAGUGGGUGGCUUCCAAUGGAACGGCCAUUUCGACUGGGUUAAUCUGCCAGAUCGUGAGAAGCAGCGACAGAUCAGGGAAUGCAGUCAGCCAAGGGAGAUUUGUCCCGCCUACAGUCCGACCAUGGCGGGCGGUCUAUUUGCCAUGGACAGACGCUACUUCUGGGAGGUGGGCAGCUAUGAUGAGCAGAUGGAUGGCUGGGGUGGCGAGAAUCUAGAGAUGUCCUUUAGAAUCUGGCAGUGUGGCGGCACCAUUGAGACAAUACCCUGUUCCCGAGUGGGUCACAUCUUCCGUGACUUCCAUCCCUACAAAUUCCCCAAUGAUCGUGAUACUCAUGGCAUCAACACCGCUCGCAUGGCUUUGGUUUGGAUGGAUGAAUAUAUAAACGUGUUCUUUUUGAAUCGACCCGAUCUGAAAUUCCAUCCAGACAUUGGCGAUGUUACGCAUCGCGUUGUGCUGCGCAAGAAGUUGCGCUGCAAGAGCUUCGACUGGUACCUGAAGAACGUGUAUCCGGAGAAAUUUGUGCCCAACAAGAAUGUCAAGGCGUGGGGCAAAAUAAAAGCAGUCAAUUCAAAUUUGUGCCUGGACGAUUUGCUCAACAACAAUGAGAAGCCCUACAAUCUGGGUCUAUAUCCCUGUGGCAAGGCGCUGCAAAAGUCACAGCUCUUCUCCUUCACCAACAAUAAUGUGCUGCGCAAUGAGCUGAGCUGUGCGACAGUGCAGCACAGCAGCUCUCCACCGCAUCGUAUUGUGAUGGUGCCCUGCCUGGAGAACGACGAUUAUAACGAGCAGUGGAGGUACGAGAAUCAGAGGCUGGUGCACAGCAACACAGGACUGUGCCUCGACCAUAGCGGGCUGAAGAGCAUGGACGAUGCACAAGUCGAGAAAUGCGAUCAGUCCAGUGACACACAGCGUUGGAUCAUUACACACGAAUGAGCCACAAACGCUUCUCGUACCAAGCGAGCCAGCGGACCAAGCCAAUUGUAACAGAGAGAAACUGACUAAGCGUAGCGCCGUGCAACGCUUUUUAACUACAGACUCAACUAGAAACGCAACAAAACGUGUAAAUACGAACUAAAAAGAAAACAAAAGGAUAGAAUCAUAUAUAUAUAUACAAAUAUUUUCUAUAUAAUAUAUACACUAUAUAGAACGCGUAAGUCGUAGUUAGUGAAUAUCAAAGGAGAACAGAUCAACACAAAUCAAAAACAAGUCAAAGCAUAUUAACAGAUUCAUUAUGUGUUGUGCGUUUGUUGUGUAAAAAGAAAAAUGAAAAUACUAGAACAAGUUGUAUAGAUCUACAUUAUAUAUAUCUGUUUAUGUGCAUAUAAUUCCUAUGUAAAGCUUGAAUAAUUAUAAUUGCUAUGUGAUCAUCAAAUGAUAAAUCCAUCAACAAAAACAAAUGAUAUUUAUAAUAACACUCGCAUUCCGAAACAACUCUCGAAUAACCAAACGUCUUAUCGUAAAGAAAAAAGCAAAAAAUGCAAUGCAAAGAAAAUGCAGAAAAUCCCCAAAAGCGUUGUAAAGCAUUUAUCAACUAUAAAAAAUCACUAUUUUUGC